UAGAUGGGUAGAAUGUACUGCUUGUAGUAAAUGGCGCUGUCUUUAUAGUCAAAAUUCACUCAAUGAAGAAGAAAAAUUACAAUGGCAAACAGCUUUUCAAAAUAAUUUAUAUACUUGUAGUGGGCCUAUUUUAUCAGAAGAUUAUCAAUUAUAUAAUAUUCUUUUUGUUUGUGAACAUAUUUCCUGUAAUUUACCAAUUGAAACAAAUUAUUAUGCUUGUGAACAUGGUGAUAGAAUUCAACUUUGUUAUUGGUGUGGAACUGAAGAUG